AUGAUUGGAAAUCUGGCCUGUACCUUGGGAAGACAAACAGCUGCUGUGGCUCCUAGGAUCAUCCAGAUGAGAAGAUUCCUGCAUGGAACUCAUUUCAGGGUUUCAUCUUCUGUGGAGGAAGCUCUGGCUGAUGGGAGACCGAUCGUAGCCUUGGAGAGCACCAUCAUUACACAUGGCAUGCCCUAUCCCCAGAAUUUGAGCAUGGCCAGAGAGGUGGAAGAGAUUGUAAGGACAAAUGGGUCAGUACCUGCAACCGUGGGCAUUUUAAAUGGCAGGAUCCACAUCGGCCUCAAUGAUGAGGAACUUCAGUUUCUGGCAAAGAGCAAAAAUUUAGUUAAGGUAUCUCGGAGGGACCUUCCCUACGUUCUCAGCCAGGGUUUGUCUGGCGGUACCACUGUGUCAGGGACGAUGAUUGUGGCACACAAAGCAGGAAUCCCCGUGUUUGUGACAGGAGGGAUCGGAGGGGUCCAUCGCGAAGGAGAGAAGACUAUGGAUGUGAGUGCUGACCUGACUGAGCUAGGACGCACUGCAGUUGCUGUGGUUUCCGCAGGCGUUAAGUCUAUUCUGGACAUUGGUAGGACGCUGGAAUAUCUGGAGACUCAGGGUGUCUGCGUGGCUGCCUUUGGAGACUCAAGGGAAUUCCCUGCCUUCUUCGCCCGCCAGAGUGGCUUCCAAGCACCGUGUCAGGUGCAGAAUGAGGAGGAGGCUGCCAAACUUAUUGCCAGCACCUUGGCACUGGGCCUGGGCAGUGGAGUGCUGAUUGCAGUGCCCUGCCCUAAGGAGGAAGCUGCUUCAGGACAGGUCAUUGAAGAUGCCAUCCAAGAAGCGCUGAGCAACGCCCGGUCGAAAGGGAUCACAGGGAAAGAGCUGACUCCUUUUAUGCUACAGAAGGUGAAUGAACUGACUAGUGGAAAAUCGUUGGACUCCAACAUUGCUCUGAUCCAGAACAAUGCCAGAGUGGGCAGCCGCAUAGCUGUGGCCCUGAGCAAGAUCCAAACUGCCACAGGGAAGGGCAACCUGCCUCGGCGUGAGAAAGUAACUUCACUUAGGCCUGUGGUGAUUGGCGGCAUCAAUGUGGACUUCAUAGCCAAGGCGAGAAAUACCACCAUACAGAUGCUCAUUUCAGGUAUGUUUCCAGGAGAUGUUUUUCCUGCCUGGACCCUCUCUCCGUCCAGAGAGGGAACAACCAAAGGGAGCACAAGCAAAACUUCCCGCUCCCCCCCCCAUUUGAAAGUAUCUUCUUUCCCCAUUGGUCCUUCUGGUCAGGUGCCAACUAGGUUAAUUGAACUGAUUAACCCCUUACAGGCUGGCGGACAGACAAACGCUGGGCAAGUGAGCCAAUCUUUCGGAGGUGUGGGGAGAAACCUGGCAGAUUGUUUAAGCCGUCUUGGGAAGACCCCUCUCUUUAUCUCAGCUCUGGGGAAGGAUGAACAUUCAGAGUCCAUCUUGCGUUACUGCCGCCACAUGGACAUGUCAGGAGUCCUUCAGCUUGCGGGGCACAGUACAGCUACCUACUGUGCAGUGAUUACAGGCAGCGGGGAGCUCAGCCUUGGCUUGGGAGACAUGGACAUCCACCAGCAGAUAACAGAGCAAUACGUGUCCAAGUUCAAGGAGAGUCUGUGCUUGGCCCCACUGGUAUGUAUUGAUGGGAACGUGCCAGUUGCCACCAUUCAGUACGUCUGUGAAAUUGCUAAAGAGCACCAGAUAGCAGUGUGCUAUGAGCCAACAGAUGAGAACAAGGCUUCUAAGCCAUUCCUUUCAGACAGCUGGAAAGCGCUGACCUACAUCUCCCCCAAUCUGCGAGAACUAAGGGCAAUAAAUCGGACCCUCGGGCACCCUGUGCUGGCAGAGCUGCCGUCCAGGCUGGACGAUGUUGUCAGGACUGCGAUGACCCUAACCCACCCCUUGCUGACACAACUGCAUUGUGUGGUGGUGACACUCGGCAUGCAUGGAGUCCUCUUGUGCGGCAGGAGAAUGGAAGGAAGUGUCUCGCUGUGCCCUGGAACUCGCAAACAGAAUGCUGCAGGCGAGCUGUGUGCCACCCACUACCCAGCAAUCCCCAUCUCCAGGGAAGAGAUAGUGAAUGUCUCAGGAGCGGGUGACAGUUUAAUGGCAGGGAUAAUCGCUGGGCUACUUGCUGGGCAUGACACAGAUACCUGCGUCCGGAUGGGCCUGCUCGCUGCCUGCCUCUCCCUCCGUUCAUACGAGCCCAUCUCCCAGGAGAUCAGCACUGUCAGCGUGAACCUGGAGCAGGUCAAGGCUAGGAGCUGGCCAGAGUAUUCCUGUCCUGGGAUUCAGUCUAAGACCUGCCAGAAACCCUCAGACUGUGAUGGCUGCCUUGGCCUCUACACCUGCAAACUGCCUAGGGGGAAGUGUGGUUUGAAAGCUGUUUCCAGGAAAACAGGUGGAUUCUACCAAAGCGUACAAAGCACCUGA